AGUUGUGGAUGCCCGGUCCCUCGGCUCCUCCACCACUCGACUCGACCGCGGCGGCUGCCUGACACGAGGGUUGAGCAGACGCCGGACAAGGACGCAGAGAUUUUGUUGCCGCGGGUGAUGGAGAAGCUGUGGGUGCCAUCCCUUCCGAUUCUUGGAGGGAGAAUGUUGCCUUUGCUCAGACAUUGUUGUGCCUUUGGAAGUCAUCAUCCCUUAACCUGGAGGAGCAUCUUCCAAACAUCGGGAAGAGAACAAAAACAAAUCAGGAGUUGGAGUGCACAGUGCUCGGCAGAUAAUGAGGGAGCUUCUGUAUCAGAGAAAGACAAUCCUCAUAAGAAAUUAGCAUUACCUGAUAAUUCACUUCUCGAUGCUCGUAUUCUCUAUUGUACCUCUCCUGCCCUGGGUCAUAACAAAGAAGCACAUCCAGAAUCUAACAAAAGAGUGCCUGCAAUAGUUGAUGCUCUCGAGAAAUUGGAGCUUAGCCCCAAGCAUCGUGGUUCACAGGUUCUCGAAAUUCAAAAUUUCAACCCUGCUUGUUUAGAUGAUGUUGCACGAGUUCAUUCAAGAUCUUACAUCACUGGACUCGAAAAGGCUAUGAGUAAAGCUUCAGAAGAGGGUCUUAUAUUCAUUGAAGGAACUGGACCAACAUACGCUACAGAGACUACUUUCCAAGAAUCACUUCUAUCAGCUGGUGCCGGAAUCACAUUGGUUGAUUCAGUGGUUGCCGCAUCAAAGUUAGGUCCUAAUCCACCCCUUGGCUUUGCGUUAGUAAGGCCGCCAGGACAUCAUGCUGUUCCUCAAGGUCCCAUGGGCUUUUGUGUCUUUGGGAACAUUGCGGUGGCUGCUCGGCACGCUCAGCAUCAACAUGGACUAAAGCGGGUGAUGAUAAUAGACUUUGACGUUCACCAUGGCAAUGGGACAUCCGAUGCAUUUUAUGAUGAUCCAGACAUCUUCUUCCUCUCAACUCACCAGUUUGGAAGCUAUCCUGGGACUGGUAAGAUCAACCAAGUCGGUCAGGGCGAUGGCGAAGGUGCAACGCUCAACCUGCCACUUCCUGGUGGCGCAGGCGAUUACGCAAUGAGGUGUGCUUUUGACGAGGUCAUUGCUCCAUCGGCCCAACGAUUCAAGCCUGAUAUAAUCCUUGUUUCAGCUGGGUAUGACGCGCAUGCACUGGACCCCUUGGCUGGCCUGCAGUUCACAACGGGCACGUUCUAUAUGUUGGCAUCGAGCAUCAAGCAGCUUGCAAAGGAGCUCUGCGGUGGCCGCUGCAUCUUCUUCCUAGAAGGAGGGUACAACCUGCAGUCGCUCUCCAGCUCCGUCGCAGACACCUUCUGUGCGUUCCUCGAUGAGCCCAGCCUCGCAGCGCAGUUCGACGAUCCAGCGAUGCUUUUUGAAGAGCCGACUUGGAAGAUCAAAGAGGCGAUUGAGAAGGCCAAGGGCAUCCACUCGCUCUAGGCUGGCGCCAAAGUUUGGACUAGUGAUGGUUCCAGUAUGUGGUGCAGAAGUGCAGUGCAGGAACAUGUGACGUAGUCGAUUUCAGGCUCCAGUGUAGUGUGCAUAUUUUGAACUUGGCUUUGAUCUGGUCGUUUUCACUUGGUUAGCUCUUGUGAAACAUGACGUGAACAUUAUAUGAAGGAGUAUAAUAGUACCAGUUGUAUAUAUUGGGCAGGUGGGCACAUAUAUUUGUAUUUAUACAUCAGGGGAUUAUAGAUAACGUGCAUGUAACAUAAAAGUCUGUUUUAGAAGUUGUGAAUUCAUCAGCAUCA